AUGCUCAGCAGUAUUCUUCGCAGACUGCAAGGUGGAAAUCUUGAGGUUUUCAAGUUCGGCCUCUAUAUCGGAUUCCCUAUAGGAUGGAUGUACUACUUUGGUACCAACCUAGAAGAGCGUUUCAGCGUCCCAGAUUUCUGGCCGACAACAGCGAACUCGCAUAAAAUCCCUGCGGAUAAGGGUGAAAUAGAUAAGGAAUUGGCACGGAUGAACGAACAGAGAGCGAGACGGUUACUAGAAAAGCAAAGAAUCCAGAAAGAAAUGGAAAAUGUUACAGCUUCUUCGAACACAGUCUCUACAGAAUGA